CUCAACAUGACAUCACGUGUAGGUCCGAGACCUGCUGGGACCAAUGGAAGUGAAUUUAAAAUCAGAGAAAGGGGGACGCCACCCUACCAGAUGAGUGCUUCCCUUAAGUCAGAGGUGCGGAAGUUGAACUUGGUCCACCUUGUGAUCUGGCUGCUGGUUGCUGCUCAGGUGGUCGUCAGCCACUUCAACCUGGUGUCCCAUGACAUAGUGUCCAUGCCGUACCAGUGGGAGUACCCCUACCUGCUCAGCCUCUUCCCUCUGGUCGGCAGCAGUCUGUCACUUCCAAAGAACAAUAUCAGUUACCUGGUCUUGUCCAUGAUUAGCGCAGGGCUGUUCACUAUGGCACCUCUGAUUUAUGGUGGAAUGGAGAUGUUUCCUGUCGCGAAGCAGCUCUACCGCCACGGAAAGGCCUACCGCUUCAUUUUCGGUUUCUCCGCAGUGACUGUUAUGUACCUCAUCAUGGUGGUUGCUGUUCAAGUGCACGCCUGGCAGCUGUAUUACAUGAAAAAGCUGCUAGACUCAUGGUUCGUUGCCACAGAGGAGAAGAAGAAGAAAUAG